AUGGAUGGGGUCAGGCAAAACGCCGACAUCCACCGUCUGGAUCACCGGCUCGAGGCUUUGGAGGCACGACUCAAGGCAGCUGCGACGGCGAAUGCGAAUGAACCUCCGCCGAAACACAACAAUCCAACGGAGUCGCCUCAAGUGAACCUUGAAUCAGAGACAGCGAACGACGGCCUUUUAUACCGCAUGGUCAGCGGAGCAAAGGACAGCAUCGAGUCUCUCACCACCCGUUCCUCCGAGCCCUCAUCUCCCUGGGCCCAAUCCACGGUCAGCAGCGCAAUCACUCGUCUGGAUACCGCAUUGGUCCAGUUAGCUGCUCCGUUCCCUCGACCGGGAAAUCAUGUGGCAAACGAGCCGAAAGUCAAUCUUCCAAGGCAUGAAGCAAAGCAAUGCAUAGAUAUUUUUCUGGACUUCAUCCUCCCACAUGCGACUGUCUUUGUCUCGUUCAACUCGAUCGUGGAUCCAGAGUUCCUGAGGGCGCUCCCUCACAUCAUCGAUUCACCAUAUGCCGAUGUCAAGCCGGUUAUGCGGGUGAUUUACCACUGUGCGAUCUAUCUUGGCCAGAGCCUUGCAGCCGACGACCAGCACAGGAAGGCGAGCAAGACGUACUAUACUUGUCUCCAGUCGGUUCCCAAAUGGCUUGAAUCAGCCGAGGGGACGAAGCUGGAUAUUCUUGCAGCCGCCCUCACCACAUGGCUCGCAAUCAACAACUUCGACUACCAUCUGGCGUGGCAGUUCCACCGCGAGGCCUGCCGAUUCGGAGACCUCCUGGACAUUCAUAGUGUAGACUUCAGUCCGCUUGGGACGCCCCAGGAAGAAGCCGACAAGGAGGUCAAGCGCCGGUUGCAUUGGUAUCUGGUCGAAAUUGACUUCCUUUUCAGGCUCUGGUACGACAAGCCCAGGGCGCUUCGAUGUGAUCCGACCCAGGUCAGGCUUCCCGCGGAGAUCUCGCCGGCGACGAAACAGCCCAAACCCCACGACUGCAUUCUGUUUAUUGUCUGGACACGGGCUCUUUACAUCAUAGCUGAUUACUUCAAGGCGCGUGAGACAUUGACGGAGGAAGCGCUCAUCAGCAAUGUGGAUGAUUAUUGCAAUCAGCUCACCGAGUUGGUGGACGAUUGGGACAUGCUCUCCGUAGCGAGGUCGCCCAAGGUAAAUAUGGUCCAGUCGUGGUUAUACGCGGAGUCAACCAUCGCUUUCCACAGCAUGAUCAUAUAUAUGCGGCGAAAGGCGUCUGCGACUGUGUUGAGCACGCACCCACAAGCAAUUCGUUCUGCGAGAGCCAUCAUCAGUAUCCUAGACGAAUGGUCGCAAAGGAACAUCGCGCCAGGCGGAGAACCCCAGAGCUCGUAUAUACUACUUAUCACCUUCUAUCCGUUCUGCGCCUUCUUCACGCUUUAUUACCAUAUUCUCUCGUCAGACGAUCCCAAAGAGCGCGAAGAGGACAUUUCCUCCCUGGAGAAGGUCAUAAAGCUCAUGACCCAGGCAAGCAACAUCCGACCAGACUUUGUCCCCAUCGCGAGCGCAAUGGGCGCGCUGAAUGAUGUGUCGCGGGCCGUCCACUCGGGUGAGGAACCUCCCCAAGGCCUGGCAGUUGUCGGCGCGGUCCGUCCUCGACAAAGUAUGGAGCCAAACCUCCUCGCAAGCGGUGCAAGAGAGAUAGCGAUGCAGGCUCCGUCGCAAAGGCCGCAGGAAAUCCCGACCGGUAGCGCUCCGGCCUUUCCGCCCUUCGAGUCACUCCAAAACCUCUCCAUGGACUUACCCCUGCAAACAGCGGACCAGCUUAAUGACGCUUUUGGUGUUCCUUUUCAGCUCGGAAGUCAGGUUGCGAUUGAGCGGGACCCUGCUUCGAGUGCCAGGCCCGGUACCGCUCGGAUGGUGUCACAGCCGGUGGAUUUUGUGCGGGCGAUUGAGACGGAGCUCAUUUGGAGGGAUUGGCAUGAGAGCUGGUGGAGUAUACCGGACACCUCGCAGGCUGAUCAGGCUGGCAAUAUGGGAUAA